AUGAUAAAUAGUGUUAGUUAUCCAUUUGAAUUAAUAAAAGAUGCAUUGUCUGGCUUAGUUGAAUGUGAAAAAAAUCGAAUACAUGAUUCCAGUCUUUAUAUCAAUCUUUUACUAUGAGCUGGAAUCAUCAUUCUUGGACUUUGUUUAUGUGUACUUCUUUAUUUCAUAGUUAGGCUAAAAUCUGCUUAUGAGAAUUUUUGAAAAUUUAUUAAAAAUUCUGUCGUUUCAAGCUAUAGUUCUCUAAGACAGGUAGCUUUAGACAGGCUAUAUACAUUAAAAUGGCGUGGCGAACCAGCCCACCCUCUCUUAACACCUGUAGCUGGGGAGACCCAGGGACCUUGUGGAAGGGAGGAUAGCGCUCGGUGAUGUGUAUCCGGCCAGGUUUUACUUGGUUUAGGUGGAGCGCAACGUCGGAUUAGGCCGACCGCAGCUCAUUCCCGGAUCAAGGUUUUACCUCUUGGUGGAAGAUGGGUUCGGCGUUGGAAAGGGGAAAAGCCAUCAAAGUCCUUUGGACCAAUCGGGCAACUUCCUAGCGCGAUGCCAGGCGUUGCGUCCUGGGCGACGAAUUCCAUCUUGGUCGACAGCUCGACCAGAAAAUUCAUUUUUUUGAAUUUUCUGGAAGGCAACCCAAGUUUGAUGUACGGCACGGUGACCCAGCCUACCACACUCGUCGUUAGACGCGAGCCUCAGGCGACGAGGAGUUCACCCCUGGAGGGUUGCGGCAGGCGGCACAAUAACGAAGCAAGGUGGAGAAAAUGCGCCCUGGUGGCGAUACCGGGAACUACUCAAUAAAGUUAAUUUAACCUUUAACCUUUAAGCUUUAGACAGGCUCACUUCAAUCCAUGGGCUUGAAAUAAACAAGGAAAAUGAUUUGAUUCAAAAAAAUCCUAACUCCCCCCCCUCGUGAGUGAACAAAACCAUUAGAAAAAUCGCUAUUUUUGCCCAAAAAACCCACCCUCCGUGAGUAAACAAAAAUUUUUUUAAUAGAAAAAAUUUUUAUGGAAAAAAAAAUUGAUAUAUAAAUGAUAAUUAGGAUAAUGAAAUCUAGAGCUAAUUCUAUUUAAUUUUGAACGAAUUGCUUUUUAAAACAUAAAUUUUAUAAAUUAAAUUAAUAUUUGCUUUCAAAUUUUUGCGAAUUAGGAUUUUUUUAAACUUCAAAAAAAAAAUAUUUUUUAUAAAAUUUUUUUAAAAAAAAAAAAUUAACCCCUCAGUGAGUGAACAAAAAUUUUUUUGUUUACUCACGGAGGGGGGGAGUAAAAAAAAGCAAUUAUGUGAAAGCUAAUAUUAUUUGAAAAUUCUGCUGAAGAUUAAGUUUCUUCGCAAUCAUUUCAAUAGCUUUUAUAUUGGCAAUCCUUUAUCUAUAUAAAGCAUGCGAAACUUAUAUGAUAAAUCGGCCUAAAUUAUUACAAAACUUUAAUAUAAGGAGAGCUUUAUUAGCAAGAAUCGGAUAUUUUACAAGAGAUAUAAAUAAGCCCCCAUAUCUAGAUAUUUAUAAAAAAUCUUAUAGCCUUGCAGAUCCAUCUAUUGAAUUUGAAAAUACGAUUUUGUGAUAUUGAGAAGAGUAUAAAAAUCUUCAUUCAAAAGAUCUGCAAGAUUUACUAUCAAGUUCUUUAAAAGACCGCCUUUUUGAAGAAAUAGACUCUCAAUUUGAUAUCUUGAAAUACGGAACAGGAGUUGCAGCAAAUUCAGCUAUUUUUGAUUCCUUUUAUAUGAGUGUUCAUGAAUACCGCUCUUAUACAGUAAAAUAUAGUUAUAGCCCGAGCACGCUUUUUGCUCGGUGUUCCUCAUCUUUUCCGAUGGGAAAGACAGGGUGUUAAACCGAUAAAUUUUACCAACUCCACAAAUGACAGAACCUCUUGUUGUCAGGAUUAUGCCAUUUGGGGAGUUGGUAAAACCAACAUUAGUUGGCUUGGACGGGAAAUGCCGAAACGUCCGAACAAAAAGAGCUCUCGAGUAUACCUUACGAAUUUCGGCAUUUUGCAGGAUUCCAUGGCUGAUGACUUUGAUAUGGCAGAUUCAAGCUCAAAGCAGGUAAUAUCUCUACAAUUGAGCAUAAUUAUUGGUAUUACUAUAUUAUUCUCAUUUGAACUUGCGUUGCUUUACUUACUUUAUUAUAUCCCUUUUAUUAGGGCUCAAACAAAGCAUUUAGAAGAAGCAAGUAUUCUGCCAAAAAUGAUUCCCGAAAUAGAGAUUGGAAAAAAAUUCGAUGGUAGCACCAAAUCAAAUUUAUUAAAUUUUAACUCUUUUUAG